GUUCAUCGUUUCGUUUGUGGACCGUCAAGGUUACCUGCUUCAACAGUGCUUGAACGGCAACCUUUCGACUGUCCAGGACACCUCAGGACGAAAUCAGGCGCUUCUGCUUCCUAGUUUUCCAUCGAGGAACCUUGAAACGUCAGCGAAGCUUGUUCUACAUUUCACUUAGCUCGAGGGCUAACUGUUUUGCUAAUAACGCAGCCAACUCGAACGUCAAAAACCGACAUUCAAAUCAGAACCAUGACUUCCCAGGUGAGACAGAACUUCCAUCAGGACUGUGAGGCUGCCAUCAACAGGCAGAUCAACCUGGAGCUGUACGCCUCAUACGUCUACCUGUCCAUGGCAUACUACUUUGAUCGGGAUGACGUGGCACUGAAGAACUUCUCCAAGUACUUCCUGGAGCAGUCCCACGAGGAGCGCGAGCACGCUGAGAAGCUAAUGAAACUGCAGAACCAGAGGGGAGGAAGGAUCUUCCUGCAAGAUGUCAAGAAGCCAGACAGGGAUGAGUGGUCCAGUGGUGUUGAGGCUCUUGAAUGCGCCCUGCAGCUUGAGAAGAGUGUGAACCAGUCUCUGCUGGACUGCCACAAGCUCUGCUCCACUCACAACGACCCACAUCUGUGCGACUUCAUCGAGACCCACUAUCUGGACGAGCAGGUGAAGGCCAUCAAACAGCUGGGAGACCACGUGACCAACCUGCGCCGCAUGGGGGCUCCUCAGAARGGCUUGGCUGAAUACCUGUUUGACAAACACACUCUGGGCGAAAGCAGCUAAAUCAGAUCUGCGCAGCGAUGGGCUUCCUAGUCUCAGAAACUAGGAAAACUMCUUGUGUUUAAUUUAUUUCUGCUUCACGAUUCUUUAAAACCAAAAAGCUGCUAAAGCUUUCAAUCGAUGCUUCGCUCAUGUCACCUUGUGUUAAAUAGUUGAGCUCAAAUAAAAACCCUCUACUGUCAAA